GCGCGGGAGGCGAGGCAGUUGUCGCUAGGCUCGGCGCGCAUGCGCAGUCCCUUCCCCGCACACGCUGGACGCUUCUCAUCCAGAAAGCGGCGGCUGAGGUAGUUCACCUGGGCGGCGGUUGUCCUUGGAUCAGCAGGAGCGUUUGACUGUUAACUUCAGUGUUCUCAGUAGACAUGGAAGAAUUGCAAGAUGUCCAGUUGACAGAGAUCAAACCACUUCUGAAUGAUAAGAAUUCAGCUCGGAAUUUUCAGGACUUUGACUGUCAGGAACAUGAUAUUGAGACAGCUUGUGGAGUUGUUCAUGUCACUAUGCGGGGCACAUCAAAGGGAAACAGACCUGUCAUCCUCACAUACCAUGAUAUUGGCCUCAACCAUAAAUCCUGCUUCAAUGCUUUCUUUAACUUUGAAGAUAUGCAAGAAAUCACUCAACACUUUGCUGUAUGCCAUGUUGAUGCACCAGGACAACAAGAGGGAGCUCCCCCUUUCCCUUCUGGGUACCAGUAUCCCACGAUUGAUGAACUUGCUGAAAUGCUUCCCGCUGUUCUUACACACCUCAGCCUGAAAAGUAUAAUUGGUAUUGGAGUUGGAGCUGGUGCUUAUAUCCUCAGCAGGUUUGCUUUAAACCACCCUGACUUAGUUGAAGGCUUGGUGCUUAUUAACAUCGACCCAUGUGCAAAAGGUUGGAUUGACUGGGCAGCAUCUAAGUUUUCAGGAUGGACAUCCAACAUUGUGGACAUUGUUCUGGCACACCAUUUUGGUCAUGAAGAACUGCAAGCUAAUCUGGACCUGAUUCAGACAUACAGACUUCAUAUUGCACAAGACAUCAAUCAGGAAAACCUUCAGCUCUUUGUCACUGCCUAUAACAGCCGCAGAGACCUGGACAUUGAGAGGCCAGUCCUGGGUGUGAAUGAAGAGGCAGCAAAAACACUCAAGUGCCCUGUCUUAUUAGUGGUUGGAGACAGCUCACCUGCUGUUGAAGCUGUGGUUGAAUGUAAUUCACGACUGGAUCCAAUGAAUACAACACUCUUGAAGAUGGCAGAUUGUGGAGGACUUCCACAGGUUGUGCAGCCUGGGAAACUGACUGAAGCCUUCAAGUACUUUGUGCAAGGAAUGGGCUACAUCCCUUAUGUGCAGCUCAGUCAUCUGAGCACUGAGUCAGUGCCAUCUGCUAGCAUGACCAGGCUGAUCCGUUCCCGGACCCAGUCAUCUUCGAGCUUGGGCUCUGGAGAAAGCAGCCAGACACGGUCUCAGAGCAGCAGCCAUGGAGAGGUCAAACAUGGCAUUCCUGAACCUGCUGGUGCCCAUAGCACUCCUCAGACGAUGGAGGUUUCUUGCUAAGCAACUUUGUGCAUCCAGACAAUCCCUUCCUUUCCGUCUAAACCCACCCAGAAUCCAGUGUUCACCCAGACAAGUGGCAUUAGCAGGUCUUUUUCUUCCUAAAUUGUGCCUGCCCCUCUUACCAGCCACCUGUCCCCUCCCCUCUGUCUUUCUGGCAUUACCUUUGGUUCUCUUUGUAUAGGCUGCAUAAACACAAGAUGCAUAGAGACAUUCUUGAAAACAGGCAAAGGGGGUUGUUUUGCUGCAGGCUGAGGUCUGCACCCCCUACCCAGCGGCCUUUGCUCUUUUAUUGACCACAGGUAUAUGCACUGGAUCAACAAUUGCCUCUCUGUUCUCCCCAGCCCCCUGCUCCGCUGGCUUCAUGCAGGCUGUCCAGUUUGCUUUUAUACCUCCCCUUAUUGCUUUCUUGUACCUUCGUCUUUAUCUGCUUGGACCCUUUGGUAUUUCUGAAAAUAUUUUUUUGUUCCUUUGUGUAUUCCUCUUCAAAACUAAUAAAAAAACAAAAGAGGCAAGGGUUUCAGACUUGUCCCUAAGAAGAGAAAAAUACCUUCAUGAAUGAUACAAUUGUGGAAAACCCUCUUUGCCUCAGAUUAGAAAAAUAGGCUCCCUGUACCCCUAUGUGAAAAAGAAGAGAAUAUGUUUGUGUGUCACAAUUCUGCUAUGGGCUUACUGCUGCAAAUAUGUACCUCUGUAUGCAACCCCAUUAAUUACUAACAUUCCAUUGGUGCUACUAGCGGAGAACUGUUGUAUAUGAAGGCAGUCAUCCUUUCCCUUAGCUUCUUGUGCUGUCAAACCGUGUGAGGGUAGUGGGCCUCCCCUGUCUUUUUAAAAAAAUUAAAUACCAUUUUCUGUGACUUGUGCAAUUAAAACUGCUUUCUAGUUGUGCUUCUGCUGAAGAUUAUUAGGUUAGAACUGGAAUGUUUUCAAACUUCAGGGUGGGUCCUGAAUCCUCCAUUGUCCAAACUCUCAAAUGGAUCCAAGCAAACUGCAUAGUUAGUUGAGCUUUCAAGCUAGCUUAGGUUUUUCAUAACUGAGCUGAGAAAGCAAAGUUCCUGUCUUAUUUAUCAUGCAAAAGAUAGUUGGACAGUAGAUUAAAGGAGCCUUCCCCUACCUGAUCUCCUCCAGAUGCCUGGGAUUCCAACUCUCACAGUCCUCAUUCAGUAUAGCCCAGUCGCAUUGGCCGUGUUGGCUAGAAGUUAUGGAAGUAGUAAUCCAAUUGCUGCAAGAUAGCAUUAAAAGGUUGGACUGAAGGGAAAUCCCUAACUCAGAAAGGUGUACUGUUGCAUUGAUUUACACACUCCACAAUAGCUAAAGGUUUAGUUUGUUUAGUGUUAGACAUCAAUCUGGACAAUAUUCAGGGGUGAUUUUUUCCACGGAGGCAGGAACCAGUGUUCUUCCAAACUGAAGAAAACUUAAGACCAAGUAAAUGUUGUUAAUACAACUACAACUGUUCAGUUAAAUUAAUAUGUGUGAUUAUUUGCAUACAGUUGUUAGUCACUGCUUUGAAAAUAAAACUAAAACUGAAAGUUUAAAAUUAAUGUAUUGUUGCAGUGAAUCUAACCUCUGUUUUGUAUCAAACAGUAGCAUAGAAUUCUGAAUCAUUGAAUGAGUUAUUUCAAUCUAGGGCCAAAUAGCCACACAGUAUUUUUAAUAAAAAUUCUGGUGUUUGUGUAGUAAAGAGGUUAGUACAAUCCCAUGUAUGUUUACUCAAAAACAAGUCUUGCUUAAUUGACUGGGAUUUACUCCCAAGUAAAUGUGUAUAGAAUUGCUGUCUGAGUCUUCUUUAUAAUCUUGAAUGGAUAGAUAAAAAUGAGGAAAUACUUACUUUGGUUUUUGGUAGAAAAGCUAAUUCAUUACCAUUGUAAUAGUAAUUCUGUUAAUGUCUAUAUAGAUUUAUCUCUAUGUUCCUUUUUUUAAUGUUCUGGGUUCAAAACGCCUGUCCACCUGUACUGCUGCUAAAACCAAGCCUCCCCUUCCUCCAGAAAGUCAUCAAAACUUUUAAUGAGUCACUCUUUCUAGAAGGAGCCUGAGACUUACAAAUAUUGCUUAUUUGAUCAAGUGGUCAAAAGCUAGUUAUGAAAUAUGCUCUUUGCCAUUUGGGGGAAUAAUUCAAUGAUCUGAUCAGCUGAGAUUUCAUCAUAGACAACUCUUUGGGGCCUUUUGUAGCCUUUCCCCAAACAAGCAUGUCUGCACAAAAACAACUUACGUUCUGCUUGCAUAUUAUGGGGCUUUUGAGCUUACAUAAAUACUGGCUAAGGUAAUGCUUCCAUGUACUUUAUAGUGUUAAAGUGUGCUUGCUUUCAAGCCUAGUUUUAAAAAUAUUUUUCUUUGAUCAAUAGUCAACUCGGAAGCCUGACAGAUCCAGUGUUUCUAGUAGAAGUGGGGAUUUGUGCCCUAGGAUCUAGGAGAUUCUUAGGCUAAAUGCAAGGGUUUAUUGAGGGGUGGCUUUCAUCUGGAUCAUUGAAUAUGGACAGUGUGUAACCUGACAGGAGGGAAUGUGCAGCUCACUGGUACAUGGAAUCAUGGCAGAAUACUUAGUUUCAGUGCUGUUCAAGGGGCCAAGAUUCUUGGAGAAAAUCAUGUUCAGCUCUAUUUCAGGAAGGAGAUGGGACUGGGAGAUUCUGCCUGAAGGGAAAUUUGUACCAACUAAAUAAAGCUAUUAUCAAGUCUAAUUGUCAA